GGGGUCUUUUAGAGGUUUCCUGCUGAACUCUUUUAAAGUUGCUGAUCUUUUAAAAUAAGAAUAAGAAUCAUCCGUUGCCUGAAUGACCAUGAGAAAGGGCAGGAAGGUCACUGUCUUGGCCCUGGCGCAACUCAAGAGACACACAAAAUCUGUGUUUGGGAAGUCACAGGUUUCAUAUCCCCUUGCAGGUGCCUAUAUCUCCUCCACAUGGGGGACUAUGGAGUUGGGCUAGGUCAAGAGAGCCUUAAUUUUUCUACUCCAAUUUCUGCAAAUCCUUCCAGCUUCCACCCCAUCAAAGGUUCAGAUGUGUCAGGUUUCUCCUCCUUCCCCCACCUCAACACUUUUCUUGUCUCAGAUUUCUCCACUUCCCAGGAUGGCCAGCCCAAGGCUUCAAAUAGUACACCCUUGUAAACAAGCCCCCUUCCAUGUGGGCUAGGCGGUCCCUGCGAUCAGGUGGGCAGAAUGGAGCUGCCCCAGUGAGUUCCAGCCGGUAUCUGCAGGGCAAGAGUUUUUCUCCCUCAUAAUAUUGUUUUGGGCGGUGCUCCCAUCCACUUGCCUUUCUCUGACCUGAACCGGCUUUCGGCUCUUAAAAAGGCAGGAUGUCUUGGGUCUGCUCAGUUCCUGCUCUGCUGGGGUCAAAGACUUUGCCAAGGAGGGAAGAGGUGUGCUGAAGGUUUGCCCAGGCUCAGGAUGUCCAAAGCAAGCGCCCUGGGCGCAAGCGACGGUUGUCCAGCUGAAAGGAAAGACGGCCUGACUCUGCAAGCUGAGGGGAUGAGCAACAGCAAUGGAGAAGAGCAGGAGCCCCCCAGCAGAACUUCUGUGGUCAUCUGCCAAGCGGUUGGGAGAAGUAUCUUCACCUCCAGCAUCUCACCAGCAGCAGAGAGAGUGAGCCUUAUGCUGAAACAGGAGGAGGAAGAGGAGGUGGAGGAGAAUGAAGGCACAAAUUGCCCAGUGCUAUUUAUACAGCUGUCCGAGCUCUUCAGUACCCCUGAAGGACUGGAAUGGAGGCAAACCGCCAGGUAGGUGGCUGCUCACUCAAGGCUGGACUUUGUGGCAGAACACAUGCUCUGCAUGCAGAAUGCCUCAGGUUUAGUCUGCAGUUAAGCGGUUUUCUAGCAAGAAUGGGAAAGACUUCAGCCUGCCUGAGUUCUUAGGGAGCUGCCAGAAGUGUGCAAAUUGUGGUCUAGAUAUGCCAGUGGCUUGGGGUAAGGAACCUUCAUACACUUGAAUGCUUCAAUCUGCCUGGCUGGGGGCACUUUGACCAGCCCAUAGCCACCACUGGGGAAGUGAUUUGGGGGGGCAGUGGGGGGGGUCUUCCUCCUCAUGCUGCUCUUCUGGCAUCAGGCAUAAGAGACUGGGUUUGUUUCUCCUCCCAGCAGCUGAAAGUAGGCUAGGGUCUCUCAUCAAGUCAUUUCUCCUGGUGAAUAAUCGGGUGGGGUUGUCCACCUUUCAAAUGCCACAAAUUCAACCUUGCCUGUUUCAAAUAUUAAAACCCCGAUAUUAAAAGUCAGCCUCUUCGCUUGUGCCCAAAACAAGUUUGAGUAGAAGGCAUUAUUCACACUCAGGGCAAUGCUCAACCGUUAAUCCUGGUUCCUUGGCAAAUGCCAAGGUAAGAUGAGGGAGGGUUUGUGGAGACUCCUAGCAGAAAACACAGAGAGAAGCGGAAAUAUUUGGCAGAGGCCACACCAGACACAAUAAUCUUGCAGGCAAUGUUGCUUGCCAUGUUCUCAUCCUGAAGCAUGGGCAUGGCAGCAGAGCACUGUAGCGGGUAAAACACAGUGGUUAACAACAUGAGCUGUGUGCUAGGAAGUCCCCAGGUGAAAUAUCAGUUCAUAAACAAAUUAACUAGGUAUGCCACUGCCAACGGCACCAUAGCUAAUGCAUCUACAUCCCACCUUUUUUCUCAAAGGAGCUCAAGGUGGUGUACGUAGUACUCUGCCUCCCUCAUUUAACCCCCACAACAAUCCUGUGAGGGAGGUUAGGCUGAGAGGCAGUAACUGACUCCAAGGUCAUCCAGUGGCCGAGUGGGGCUUGAAUCUUUGCCUCCCAGGUCCUAGUCUGACACUCUAGCCACUAGGCCACACUGCCUCCCAGUGUAGCAAGGCUGUUUUAAUAUGUGUAAAGUGGUUUGAGCGAGCAAAAAAGUGUUGCAAAUGUGCCAAGUAUUAUUGCUGUCAUUGAAAAGUUUGGCGUCACACACUUUCAGCAAGAAGUCUUACUGGUGUUGCAUGAUAAAAAUACUCAUUUUUAGGGGAGAACACAUAGCUGUGAAUGGCUCCUUGAGGAGGGAACCAUCACAUCUUCUUUAAGUGAUAUUUUUUGCUCUUCAAAAAUAUUUUGCAACCCUUUUGAAAUGUCCAAGAAUUUGUCUUUGAUGACAAUACGUGUGUCAUUUAAGAGUGUGUUAGUGAACAUACUGGUAGAAAUUUACAACAAUAUCCUGGGAUUUGUCACAGAAUUCUUUCUACUCAUGCUCAUCAUAUAGCCAUCACAUUAAAAUUCAUGGAAUUUCAUGUAAAUGUUGUUGAGGGGACACUUGGGAGAGAUUUCAGAAAUGGUCCACUCUUGACCACAUUCCUUCCUCCUCUUUCUCACUGUUCAUCUCAACUGAUAGUUGCAAUCUGUACCUGUAGCCUCUGCCCCCUCACCCUUUCUGCAUGGAGCAAUCACAGGCUCAGGUACAGAAGUAGAUCUCUACUUUUUGAAGAUUGCAGGUAGCAAUCAUCUGUGGGGGGAGGGGUGCUCCCUUAUUUAUUUUAGUCUUAGUGUGAAAUUGCUAAAAUUAUGACCUUUUCUGGAAGGAUGUCUUUUACAUGAUUAAUUCCUUUACAGAAUUCAUUCGUGUAACUUGACUUGUAGUUUGUGGCUUGGCUUGCUUCUUUGAGUUACCCACCUGCAUGUGUUGUGAGUUCCCCACCCGAGGUUCACUCAUUGUCUCUGGGUCUGUUUUUACUCUGAAAAAUGGAUAACUGUUUCCUAUAUGCUUAAUUUCUUGACCGUGUUAUGCAUAUAUGUGUGUUGAUAUGUAGCUGUUGGCUUGGCUCACUUUCCUGAGUUGCCUGGUGUGAGACAUAUAUAUUAUUUCAAACUUUCUGAUUUUGUCACAGUUGUAGCCUAUGCCAUGUGAUCUAUGCGGACCCUAUAUAGAGACAGUAGAGGGUAUUUAGCAGUAUUUAGCCUAUGCAAUAGCUGUUCACCUUAGAUGGAGGUUUAUGUGGGCAUUCUGCAGAAUAAUAAUAAUAAUAAUAAUAAUAAUAAUAAUAAUAGGUUGGCAACUGCAUGUGGGAAAACUGCACUCAGGGACCUUACCUGCCUGCUUCUGCUAGCGAACUCAGCAUCAGAGGAUAUUGCAGUGAUUGAGCAUAUGGGGCAGGAUCACAGCAGCAAGUCCCUUUCUAAAUGCCCUCCCCCAAGUACCUGUACGUUCUCUGCACAAAGACAAGCCUUUAGCCUUGGAAUAAAUGUUGAGGAUGGGUGGUAUAAAAAUGUCCUAAAUAAACAGACAGUGCAUAGGGUUGUAUGCACACAGGACAGCCUUUCUGAGCCUAGCUAGGGUCCCGCUAGUUAGCGAUGAUGGGAGUUAUAAUCCAACAACAUCUGAGGUCCCAAGGCUGAGAAAGGCUGAGGACACAGGGGCUGUGCCUGUCCUAGUGAAUGCAUGCAAGUCAGGGAGGGCGUGGCCACCUUAAGCUGUCUGACAGCCGGGCAGCUUGGUUGCCCUUUGAACCCCUGAUUUAUCAUGCGGUGCCCUGAGAGAUCAGUUCAUCAUGUCACUCUGACCUAUUUCUGGAGAACAACUUUGCUUCCUUAUAAGAGCUGUCAGCACUCAGCCAUUCAUGGCCUCAUGCAUUUGUGCUGAGGUUGUAUACCAACAACAGGAUUUUAUUUUUAUUUUAUUUUUUGCUAAAUACACAUCUGCAUGCAAAAAUGCAAUAGUGUACAACAUUUUGCUUAUGGUGAAAAAGGCUAAAAGGGAUUGGACUCAGCGACAGGUAUAUGUCCCUGGAGAGACCAUCCCAGGCUGGAGGAAAAGCUUUUAUCACCUGACCCACUUCCAAAAGUGUGAAGUGGCCUCUGGGAGCAAUAUGAGCAUUUUGGGAGGUUUGUGUGGCCUGGUUCGUUUGGGCAGGGUGCCUAACUUGGACUAAAGACAGCUGCUGCCUCAUGUGUUACCUAGGCAACCAGAGAAUGCAAGCCUUUGCACAAUAUUCCUUCCUUACUGGCCAAUGUCCUAGGCAAGCACCCUUUGGAUACUCCUUUUGGGUGGUCAGAUAGAAACAGUGAAAUGGCAAGGAAAUCAUUAAAUGAAAUAGAAUUAGGUUUGAUAAGGUUUCACAUUUCUACAAAUAUCUGUGUCUAGUCAAAUUAGAGAGUCAACUUCAUGAGUUUUUGGUAUAUUAUUAUUAUUAUUAUUAUUAUUAUUAUUAUUAUUAUAUACUUCAUCUGUAGAUCCCAGGGCAGUUUGCGACACAAAAAUAGACUGUUUCAUGCCCGCCCUACUCUGCAAACAUCCACUGAUGUUCCAUUGGACAACAUGGUUUCUAAGUUGCUACAGAUACAGGUGCUUGGCAAAAAGGCAUUAUGUAAGCAUUUGUGGAGCCCUUGAAAAUUAAAAAAGAGACCAGUUUGCCAAAAAUAGUUUUGGCUGCCCUGUUAUUCCCUGUUUGUAGGGAGCGCAGCCAAGAUAAAUCCUAAGUGAUGAGUUGAUAAGACUGUAGAAGGAAUUGGCUUCAGUCCUAAGCUGGCUUCUGCUAGCGGGAGUUCCACUCACAGGAUGCUCCUGCCAGAAGAAGUGUGUGGAGAGAAGGGUGCCUUUUAGCAGUUCAUCCUUCCCUGUAGUCCUCUGUGGUGCCUCUCAUACUGUUUUCAGCCACAGAGAGCUGUGGGGGGAGGGGAAAUCAGUGAAAAUUGCUGCCCGCCCCACACAACUUCUGCCAGCAGGGGGACAUGCAAUCAUGGACUCUACCUGUCUCUUACCUGGAGUCUGGCUCCUGCUGAGGCCUGAUAAGGAGGCCAGUAGCUGAUGCACUGCAAGGUUCUCUGCAGAUAAGGGUUGGAAUCCCUUUCAUGCAUAUCACCAGCAAACGACCACGAGAAGAGGAAAAACCUGCUGAGGGAACAAUGCUCCCGCGAUUUUCCCACGACAGGCGAAAAGCCAAUUUGGACAUUCAUGUGUGGGCUGGCAGUGUGUGUGAUUCAUUCUGUUUGUUUGUUUGUUUGUUUAUGUAUUUAUUCAUUUUAAAAUCAGGACCAUGGAGGGUGAAAGAGUGGUUUCUUUAACCCUUUGCUCCUGCACUGUAAUCCUGGCAGUGGCAUCUUUCCUCACGGCAGAGACACGCUUCAAGGUGAUAUUUGUCAGGACCACAACCUGGGGGGAAUAAGUUUUGGUUCUGUUUUUUAAAAAAACCAAACUCCUCAUGUCUUCAUCCUGACUAGUUUUAAUUAUCCUAGAGAGAUCAUUUCUUAUGUUUUCCUCCUUAAGAGCAAGAGCCAAAAUGUUGUCACUUGAAAAUUAAAUAAGACAUUCUGGUGAAGCCAUGUGGUCAUGGCUUAGGAAACAGAAAUUUUGCAUACACAAGGAUCUCAGAUGUGGCCUUCACUUUUUUCCAAUUCAGGUGGAUAAAGUUUGAAGAGAAAGUGGAAGAUGGAGGAGAACGCUGGAGCAAGCCUCACGUGACAACUCUCUCCCUUCACAGCCUGUUUGAGCUACGGACGUGUAUAAAGAGAGGAGCUGUCCUGCUGGAUUUGGAAGCGCACAGUUUUAAGCAAAUACUUGGUAUGUGGGAAAUGUGCAUAGAUCCCUGCUUGUUUGUGAAACCUGCCCCUCAUUAGUCAAGUAUGAGUGGGGUUGCAACUCCUUUAGUUUUAAUAUCGCCAACUCCCGCUUGUUAAUUGGUCACUGUAACUUAUUUUGCUUUCAGGUAAACAUCACUGUCUGUUCUUUCUGCAUUUCACUUCCCAGUGGCCUACAUUCUGUUCCCUACCUCCACCCUCCAUUGUGUAGAAGGGGGAAUUUCAGCAACUUAUAAAGGGGACCACCCUGACUGAUGGACUCCCUAAUUAUCAGAAGAGUCAAUAAUGGGUGCUUUGUAUGGAAAUCCUUCUGGACAGAUUCAUUUCCAUGUCAUUGGAAAACUGCUCUUUAUUUGCAUGAUGGUGAUUUAUAUUAAAGGUUCUUCAGCUUUUCUAGUAAGGCAGUUUUUUUAAAAAAAUUAAAAUAUAAAAAGGCUUUUUCAGUAGAUGCCAAAGAUUAUAAAUGUUUACAGCAAAGGAGAGGGGGGAGCCCUUAUUUUGAGAGGACUCGCUUUGUGUUUAUUUUGUGUUCAAGAAAAGGUGAUUGGAACCCAAAUAGAGAACCAUGCCCUCAGGCCAGAGCUCUCAAAGAAACUCAUGUAUGUCUUGCUCCUCAAACCUCAGCACCACAUCACCAAAUCUCAGCUGAGGAUGCUGGUGGAGAUGGGUGUGGCCUCCUGCUCAGGUAAGUAGUCCUUGCACUAUCCCUCUGGGUCCCAGCCCUUGCUCUUUAACUCCAGGCUACAGCAAACAGGCAACCAGUGCGUAGUACACUGUCCAGGUGGUGGCACCAGAAAUCCACUUACCUAUAAGAUAAAGAUUGCCUCCUUUUAUUCAACUCAGUAUGACUUAUUUAUGAUUAGGAGUACAUUUAAACACUAAUCCCAGGAGGAAUGACUGCAUAACUGGAUUCAGAUGCGCUGGUGGAACCAUGAUGGGUCUAUGUUAAGCUAUCAGGUGGAGAGUGGUGCUUUAAUCUUCACACCUCUUUAGAAGUUAUACAUAAUUUACUCCUUUUAAAGCAGGGGUAGGGAACUUGGCAGCUUCCAGAUGUUGUAGGGCUACAGAUCUCACCAUCCCUGGCCACUGGGCUGGGCUGGCUGAGACCAAUGGGAGUUGAAAUCCAGUGUCAUCUGCCGGAGCACAGGUUAUCCAUCCCAGGUAUCAAGGCAACGCCUUUUGAAGGGGUAGUGACUCACUAAUAUGCUCCUGUGUGUAGUCUUUUGAUGGAAUUGUGUUUAGAAGUAUCAUGGGGCUUUCUCUAUUUUUGCUUUGGUUUUUAAUUUCUGUUGCAGACAAAGCCAACAGUCGCUCAGAUCUUGUGGGUGAGGUUUCAGAGGUGCCCCUAAAGGAACAGGUAAGUAAUGUGUGGUGCAUGUAGGGAGAGAGGGAAGAUUGCAAAGGCCUCAAAGGCCUCUUUACAAGAACUCUCAGGUCCUUUACAAGGACUCUUUCCUGGUGGGAAAACAUCUCCACACAGGACCCCUUUUUAAAUUCUGUCCAAUCAACUCCUCAUAGCUUUGAAAGACCAUACCUGCUUGUAGCUCUCAGCUCUGAAGUUUGGGUGGGAUUUCAUUCAGGGAGGGAUGCCCUUUACGUUCAGGAACACGCAGGAAGCAAGUAUCCUUUGGUUAGAGUUAGGGGUGGGAGAUGUGGCUCUCCAGAUGUCCUUGGACUCCAACCCCCACCAGCCCCAACUUCCAUGAUCAAUGGUCAAGGAUGGGGGCAGCUGUGAGCUGUAGUUCAGUAGCAUUCAGAGGACCAGUAACACCUGAUUUUCCCAUCCCUGGAACCAGGGCUUUUUCCCUGGCGGAACAUGCCGGAACACAGUGCCUUGCUCCCCUUUAAUGAGUGAAGGCAUGUGGGGACACAAUCUGAACCAUCCUGUAAGAUAGUGUAGCCCGACAUCUUGUCACGUGAUUUUAGUUUCAAGAUGGCGUCAAUGUCAGCAUCUGAGUUGGCAACUGAGGUGAGUUCUGGCACAUUUUUUCUGCAAAAAAGCAUUGCCUGGAACAGAAGGAGCGUUCUUCCAGUCUGUCAGUAUUUUGCAGAAGGAAUUCAGGGGCAAAGCAAAACUUUAGGUUUGCACAGUCUUCCUAGCACAAUCCAGCCAACAUUGCCAUUGCCGGUGACCCAUCCUGGGACUGCAAGGGAAAAGUGAACCUCUUUGCAGUGCCGUCACUUGCCAGGGCAGGGCAGUCUUGCACUUGCUGAAGCCCUUACUAACCAUGGCAUAGAGCCACUCAUGCCAGGCUGCUUUAGCACUGAUUUCACUUGUUUUUGUCAGGUGAAUAAAAUGCGUGUUUUAAAGAAAUGUUUGUUUCUUUGUUUGUGUGGAAUUUGGCCUAGUUGUGAAAUGCAUGGGUACCCAGUAGCCCCUGCCUGGCUUCAUUGUGAGUGAAGAUAUACAUCACUAGAAUGACCUCUGAUUUGGGAUAUCUUCCUGGCAGUGUUCAGAAUGGUUGUCUGUACCAUUGCGACUGAGAAACUUCCCAGGUGAUGCUUUUAUUUUGGAUCAAGGAAUGUGCAGCAGUCACCAGCAGCUUCCCUAGUUUGGGCACUCCAAAAAAAGAGAGUUAAUGGUUGUUGAGGUCUCCCUCUCUCCUCUGUAUGGUCCACAGCACAUGUUCUAUCACCUUACCGUUGUUUUCUGAGCUAUGGAUCACCAACCCUAGGUUUUUCUCUCACUACAGCUUAAUAAUCACUUUAAGAAGAAGAUUCCAGCUGGGACUGAAGUGGCCAAUAUUCUUGUAGGAGAAGCCAGCUUCCUGGAGAAACCUUUUGUUGCUUUUGUGCGUCUGCAGGAACCAGUGCUUCUUGGGGGCUUAGCAGAAGUUGCUUUCCCCAGCAGGUAAGAAGCAAACAGGGAGCAGGUCAGGACAGCAAAGUUUCCUCUGUACAUGCUAGAGUGAAAGGGGUGUCCUGCAGUUCUUGGCAUAGGAAAUUAUUGUAGUUGUCCGUGUUCUGAUACACAACUAGAUGGGUGUAGUUGUGGAUUGCCAUAGGUCCUCUAUUUCCAGGACACAUCCUCUUUUUAAUUGGUAGAGUCAUCAUAGCAAUCCAUAGUUAAAAGCAGAAGUCGGCAAAUGUGUCCUCUUUUUUGCUCUUCAAAAUAUGGCAACCCUACACUUGGGUAGCUAGCUGAGUGCUACCUCCUGAAGAGGUAGUGGGCAAGAGAUUAUCAGGUGUCAUCAGCCAGCUGACCUACGCCUGGAUAGCUGUGUUUCAAUGCACUGUUGCCCCAUGGCACGGCAACACCUGAGGGGCUGAGGUGGUGGGAAACCAUUUAAAUUGGUUAACUGGCUUCAACAAGGCCACACUUCAGGUCAUUCUGAAAUAUUCUCAAUCUAUUCAAUGCUAAGGCUGUGAACAGCAGUCAAUCCUGACCAGAUCCCGUAUUUGCCAGGACUGUGGAGAGUACGCUCAGUGGCAAGUCAUUGCUGUGGUGUUUCUUUCUCCCCAUUCUUUUGAGAAAUAAUUUGUUCCAUUUCAGUGGCCGCCAUCUUGCUCCUUCCAGUUACGCUCACGGCAUGAUGGCAGCCAGUCCCACACAACUUAGGGCAGGGAUAGCCAAUAUAGUGCCUCCAUGUGCUGUUGGACUACAACUUCUGUCAACCUCAAACAGAGGCCAUGCUAGCUGGGACUGAUGGAAGCUAUAGUCCAGUACACUUGGGAAGCUAUCUCUGGUUUAGGGCAUUCUCAGUUAGGCAGGAUUCUAUCUUCUUCUGUCGGUCGUUGGCCAAACCCUGAGCCAGACUACACCUGGGGGUGCUGGUAAACCAAGAUCCAUAGGGCUAGAGGCAAGUUAAGACAGGCUGUUUCCCGAGUGGGCUGGUAACUAUGAAGAGAACCAGAGAUGGAAGGAGCAUUGGCAGGUGGCCUGGUGGUCAGCUUUCAGGUCAAGCAAAUAGAGGAAAGAGUUGUCCAGACUGAGGACCCCAGCCUAGAGCAUCAGUCCUACAGAGACAAGCCUAACUGGUUCCUCAGGUCACCUGUUCCAGAUGGCCUAAUUAGUCAUCGUUUUCUCACUCUGACCGCUGUAUCAAACGUGUUGCAGCACAGUAGAAGAUAAGCCUGAGAGCUUGCUUAGUAGUGCAAGGAAUAAAGCGCCUGAUCCCCUUCACCUCAGCAAUUUGUGCUGAGUUUAGGAUUGAGGCCUCAGUGAGCUGCUUGCUUUGAAAGGAGGGAAAUGGGCUCAUCUUUGACCCCACUCUUGACAUUGCUGUGGCUCUCUCUAGGUUCCUCUUUAUCCUCCUGGGCCCCAGAGCCAAAGUGAAGGCCUACCAUGAAAUCGGCAGGGCUGUGGCUACUCUCCUGACAGAUGAGGUGAGUUUGGGUUCUGGCUGGGAGGUGCAAAGAUCUGCUGCCGCUGCCAUAAAAUUAGGGAAGGUGCCGCACACUGCAGUUCUGGCAUAGCAUGAUGGUGCUAAAAGCUGAAGAAGUAAAUGGGUGAUUAGCACCCCUAAAGUCAAUCUUCUAAUUGCCCAGGGAGGAACAGGUCUUGGACUGCUAGGUUCCCACCAGUUCAAACUUUAGAAUGGACUGUCUAUAUUUUUCAGAACCCUAUUAUGAACAUAGUUUGUCCAUUUUUUGUGUGAAAGGACUAUUGUAUGACUGAGCAAACCUCAUAUAGCCCAGCCUUCUGUUUCAAACUGAUGUGUCUUGGAGGGGGCGCUUGGCUUCUGGAGGCAGCAAAGAGCAAUAGCAAAUCUGCUCUAAACUAAUAAAAAGAACUCCCCAGAGCAUUUUUAAUGUAGAAAAUAUAAUGCAUAUAAUGUAGGAAAACUUCAAAUUAUUACGUAGGCUAGAAAGGAGCUGUAUUAUGCAUUAGUGACUUAUUUUCCAGCUGCAAAUUUAAUGAUUAAAACAUGUAACUUUAUAGUUGUGAUGAUACUUUGGCCCUAGUAAGCCCCUUAAUGCUCUAUCAUUGACACAGCAAAUGGCUGAAUUGUCCAUAAUUUCCUCCGUUUAAGGGUGAACAGCUUUCUUGACAUUUUAGAUUGUGUAAGGUCACAAGUCUGUUUUGCUGCAUGCAGGCAACCAAAACCACCACAAGCCCUUGCGCUUUCCCGGAAUGUGUUCCCGUGAUUUGUCUUUCCUGUAAGCAGGCAGAGCUGGGACUAAUACCAUUCCUUUCCAGCUUUUCCAGAGGGUUGCCCGGAAAGCAAGAGACGCAGAAGAUCUCACUGCAGGAAUUGAUGAGUUUCUGGAUGAACUGACUGUCCUACCCCCGGGCAAAUGGGACCCAACCACUCGAAUUGCCCCCCCAAAAUGCUUGCCUUCACCACAGAAGAGGUAUGUGCAAAGAGGAGCUAGGAACAGGAAAGAAAGCUGCUGAUUCUUAGAUCUCUUUAGCUAAAAUUUUAAUAUUGUAGAGAUAUUUGAUUAUAUUUGUGUACACUGCUCUGGAAUCUAUGUUUUGGAUGAAAUGUUCAAAAAAAAAAAAGAGAUGAUAAAAAAUUAAGGGGGCGGCAAAUUACCUCACUGUGUUUCAAGCCACUAAUGUGAACAUCCUCUAUAUCUCAUUGCUGGGAAAUUCUGGUCCUUGCCAGCCGCUCUGGCCCAAGGCAUGCAAAUGUUGCAGGCGCAGGUGCCUGUUCCACUCCAUUUGUGACACUGUCAGGCAACACAAUCCUGCCAUUCCUCCAGCCAUCAGGUCUUGUGUGUAUUUUUUUCUUCUUUGCUGGAGGGCAUCCUGGCUGCCUGUUCUGCCACACAGUUCCAUUGUUUCCUGAAACCAAACUACUCCAAAGCUGUAUGCCAGGCAUAGGCAAACUUGACCCUCCAGAUGUUUUGAGACUACAGUUCCCAUCAUCCCUGACCACUAGUCCUGUUAGCUAGGGAUGAUGGGAGUUGUAGCCCCAAAACACCUGGAGGGCUGAGUUUGCCUAUGCCUGCUGUAUGCGCCACCUUUAUGGUUUGGUGUUUUUUUAAAAAGUGGUGGGAUGGGGGCAAGGCACGAACCUGCAGUAAUGCUGCUGCCACCACUGCUAACAUGUGGGCUGCAUCAAUGAUUCCUGCAUUGCAGGGGGUGGACUAGAUUUACCCUUGGGUUCCCUUCCAACUCUACAGUUCUAUGAUCAGAUAUGACGCUGCCCAUUAUUUCUCUGGGUAUUGUGCCAUGAGGCAUAUGGAGGGCGUAUCAUUGCGUCUUCCGUACAAGCUACUGGAGCCUGUCAGUGGCAGAUAGGAAUAGAGAGGAGAGCGGAGGAUCGACGGCCCCCAGCAGAAUGCUGCUUCUUUGCAAACCGGAAUGCCUCUAUCCUGAAAGGUGCCCCUUGCAUUCUUAGGAUCGCCCUGCACUUCCGCGAGUGGAAUCCUCACGCGAGUGGGCACUUGUCUGCUGCGGACGAGCGUCAUGCCCAUGGGCAUCAGCACGUCAGUGAAGAGCUGAAGAGGACCGGAAGGUAAAACUCAAGGCAGGGAGGGGGCCUGUAGGCAGGGGCUUCCCGCCAGGCCUCUGGAGUGGGGAGGCUCACAGGUACAGGGCUGGAGCAAUGCCAGCUGUGCAUCGUUGCAGCACUGGCCUGGAGUGGGAGGUGGGGAAAGGGGCAGGGGGGACCAAAAUAACCACAUGCAGCAAAUUAAAAACCCCGGAUUAAGGAAGUCUCUCCUUUUCUCCCUCCUGCAGACUAUUUGGAGGGUUACUGAAGGAUAUCCAGAGAAAAGCCCGCUGGUACUGCAGCGAUUUCUAUGAUGCCCUCAACAUCCAGUGCCUUUCAGCCAUCCUGUACAUCUACCUGGCCACAGUCACCAACGCCAUCACCUUUGGAGGGAUGCUGGGAGAUGCGACAGACAACAUGCAGGUCUGAGCAAGAGUCCUGCUUGCAAUGCCCACAUGCGCUCUGUGGUUCUCAACACCUCUGCUCCCUCACCUCAUGUUGCCACAGCAACCUGCACAGGCACACCGGGGGGGGGGGGGAAGGGAAUGCAGCUCUGGCGCUCCUUGGUUGCUGCACAGGAGCGGGGGAUCUCAUGCCCACCAGCCCAGCUGCAGCAGUUAGACGUGGGUUGGCCAUUUAACCAACCAGAGCCGUGUGCUUCUUCCUGUGAUUCAGGGUGUGCUGGAGAGUUUCCUGGGAACUGCUUUUGCUGGAGCCUUUUUCUGCCUGUUUGCUGGCCAGCCUCUCACCAUCCUAAGCAGCACUGGGCCUGUCCUGGUCUUUGAGCGGCUUCUUUUCUCCUUCAGCAAGUAAGUAAGGCCCCUCAUAUCAGAAAGUGUUCAUGUUGGAAGCAAGCCAUUGGAGCUGUCCUUGCUUAUGACCCUGAAUGACAGCGUUAUUCAAGAGAGGUUGAAUAUAUUCAAGACAGAGGAGGGAGAGAAAGGAAUAGAGAAAGAAAAAUUAAAAAUUAAAGAAAAGAGGUUUUAAAAAGGAUAGAAAAAUAAGAUUAAGAAAAUAAAGAAUUUCUGAUUAUUCAUCUGUCCACUAUAUAAAAACAAUAUUCACUUUGUCCAAUCCAAUAUUACAUCACAUAAAGCCACUUUCUAUAAACAAACAGUAUCUUCAGUCCUCAAAUCCAGAUAUCAUUACUUCAUUUUCUUUUCAUGCAAAAAGUCUACGAGAAGUUUCCGAUCUUUAACAAAUAUUAACGAUGACUUUCCUCUGAAAGCAUGUCAUUUUUGCCAUCCCAGCUAAGUCAGUCAGUUUUAACAGCUGUUCUUCCAUUGUUGGCGGAUCCUUCCUUAUUUGUACAUAAAAGUGUUUUGCAGCCAUAAUUGUAUUGUAACAAAGUUCCAUAGCAGGAUGUUCACUGUUAUUGGGAAAUGUGUCAAAGCAUUUACAGAGCACGGUUCAGUAUGUCAAGCCCAGUAAGAAAGUCAGCCUGGCUUAACUUCCCAACAUAAAAAGGAUCAUGCAAUAGGCCUCAGCUGAUCAAGUGCAAGCAGGCUAUCACUGGAUGAAAGCAAAAGGCUUGUCUCCUGGUACAAAGUGUCCUGACCAGGCAUUGCUGGUCAGCUGUCUUCAGCUCAGCCUGACAGCUAAAGAGGCUGGUGCCUCUGAUGAGAAGAGGGACGCAUUCCACCUCCCCCCCCUCCCCAGUGCAUGGAUUCCAUUGCUCAUAAUUUGAUAAUUUCAGUUAUUAACUGAGUGGUGUGCAUGUGAGAAAUAGGUGGCCUCAGACUACCAUCUCUUUCUACCUUUUUGUGAGUGAGGGGAGCCGACCUGCAAGCUGGCAAGAGAAAGUGCUGAAAUGUCAGUCUCCCAAUAGCGGAAGACUGGCUGUAGAUGUAACUCCUUAGCUGCUAUGUGCGUACCUUGUUGAGACACCAGGGCAAGAAGGUUAGAGUAGGAUGUGGCGUCUUGUGGUUAACUGGCUGCUCUCUUGCAAGUGAAGCAGCCCAUUCAGGAAUAUUCUUUUGGCCCUUCCUUCCUUCCAGAGACUACAGCUUGGAUUACUUAGAAUUCCGCCUCUGGAUUGGCCUCUGGGUGGCCUUCUUUGGCCUCAUUCUGGUGGCUACCGAAGCCAGUUACUUGGUGCAGUAUUUCACACGCUUCACCGAAGAAGGUUUCUGUGCCCUCAUCAGCUUCAUUUUCAUCUACGAUGCAGUUAAGAAGAUGCUGUCUCUGGUGGAACACUACCCAGUCAACUGGGACUACAAGAUCAGUGAUGUCACCUUGUACAGCUGCACCUGCCGGGUGCCAGAGAGAGGUGAGAUGAGAAGCCCAUGCUUGUUGCAAUGGGUGGGUUGGGAUGGCUGGAAACCCUGCAGGGAAGCUGUUGUCUGCCUGUAUCUCUAGUCCGAUUGGUCCAUGAUGGGUCACAUCUGAGAAAUUUUUCUGCCCCCCCCCAUCUUCAGGCAACAGUGGACUUGUACAAUGGUCCAAAAUAUGAACCAAUGUUUUACAUUAUCAUUUUAUUUAUUUAUAUCUGCCUUUUUCCCUGAUAGGGACUCAAGGCAGUUUACAGCUAAAAAUAAAAAGGUAAAGGUAAAGGGACCACUGACCAUUAGGUCCAGUUGUGGCCGACUCUGGGGUUGCAGCGCUCAUCUCGCUUUCUUGGCCGCGGGAGCCGGUGUACAGCUUCCGGGUCAUGUGGCCAGCAUGACUAAGCCGCUUCUGGCGAACCAGAGCAGCACAUGGAAAUGCCGUUUACCUUCCCACCGGAGUGGUACCUAUUUAUCUACUUGCACUUUGAUGUGCUUUCGAACUGCUAGGUUGGCAGGAGCAGGGACCGAGCAACAGGAGCUCACCCGUCAAAUAAGAGCAGCUUAAAACAUAGGAAAAGCAAUAUUUAAAAUAAAAACCAAUUAAACAUUGAUAAAAUUAAAACUAUUUAUGUAUACAUAAAAAUAUAUUAAAACCAUACAGGUAAUUACAAUAAAAACAGCACAGCACCAGACCUUCAGUUCCCCAAAGUCUGUUGGAAUAGGUCUUCACCUGCCAGCAGAAGGAAUGCAAGGAGGGAGCCGGUCUAGCUUCUCUAGAGAAGGCCCUCACCUGCACCCCCCCAAAUGUGCCUGGGAGGGUGGCAGGACCAAUAGAAGGGCAUCCCCUGAAGAUCUCAAAACCUGGGCAGGCUGUAUGAGGAAAUAUAGUCUUUCAAACAGCUUGGACCUAAUCAUUGUUUCUUUCAGACAACUCUUCUCUUCUGAACGAGACACUGUCCCCGACCUUCAGCAGUUUGGGAGAGGUAAGAAAUUGAAUCGUUUUCAAUGAUUAGGAUGUGAAUGAAAGGAAACCAAGGUCCAAAGAGUCUACAGUAUGUUGUGACUAAUGCAACCGACCAAAGGAGGAUCAAGAACUCCAUGUUCCUUGGAGAGCUUGAAUUAUUUCCUGGUGUCAUAGCUGGGAUAGGUGGAAUGGCCAAGGGGUCAUCAUGCAGUAGCCGUCCUGCUCCAUCUCCACUGCCAAGAUCACCCUUAUGUGGAUUUAAUGUCGUUCUUUUGAAAACAUCACAGCCUCACAAAUGCUAGCCCAUUCUGCAGUCCUUCUGGAGUCAUCCCAUAACUCCCACCCAAAAAAAAAUCCCAAAUAGAUGCUCCUGCCCAUUUUAUUAGUUAAUGGUGAAGUGGCCCAGAGGGCAAGUUGCAAUCAUGGGAUGAGCCUGCUGUGGGAGGGCAGGGGAAAGGGCCGUCCUGGCUGCAGCUGCCAGUGACUGUGGCCUUGAGAUGUGCAUCCAAGACACACUCUUUCCCUUACUUAACCCACCUACUAAGGCUGUCCUUUCAGCAUCCUGGUGGUGAAAGGAUUGGUCUGGGGAGAUGCACAGCAUCUCUGUAUGUUCCAUGCGCUCCUCAUUCAGAUGUGGCCUAGGAGGAGAGGGCAAAGAUGGACCUCUCUGCCACCCAUCCAUUCUACAAGCCCAGGGCACUUCCAUGUCAGUGAUGGGACGCUAGACCUGAGGCAAAGGAGAUCCUAGGGCACACACUGCUCUGUCCUUUGAGGGAGGGGAAGAGCCCCAGGGCUCAAGGGAAGCAGGCAGAGGGCUGCCACUGCCACUCCGAAUCCCAGUGACCUCCACUUGAGGCAGCUGCCUCACAUUGCCUGUUGGUCAGGCCAGCCCUGUCCCUGCUCUGAAUCUUUGCCUACAGGGCGGCUGGGGACCAGGGAGAGGAGAGAAAGGCAGAAAGGGAUGCUGUGCAUACAGAGAGCCGUCAUCAUGAUGCUUGAAACUGGGAUCAAUUCCACAAAACAUCCAUCCUAGGCAACAGCACAUCUUUCUGCAUUGCUCAGGGCUGGGAUCCGUUUCUUUAAGCCAGGCAGUGUAUACUUGCUCCUCCGUGAGAUUGCUGCUUUCUUCCCCACAGCAGUCCGAGUUUGGGAACUGGUCCCUGCUGACCAAGCAAGAGUGUGUGCAACUCGGAGGCCACCUAGUGGGCAACAGCUGCAACUUCGUGCCUGACAUCACUUUCAUGUCUUACAUUCUGUUCCUGGGAACAUUUCUCUGCUCUAUGGCCUUAAAGAACUUCAAGUCCAGCCGCUAUUUCCCGGCAGCUGUGAGUACUUCCCCUCUCUCAUCCAUUCCCUGGAUAAAGGGGUGGGCGGGUGGUUUCAAUAUGUGCGAUUACUACUACACCCUCCAAGUUCUUUCAUGUGCCUGGUUUCUUCUGCACCAGGAAAUCUCCUUACUUCCUUCAGUUGGUGCUUCCUGGUGGGUCCCAGAAGAUAUUGCCCAGCACUCAGUGAGAAAUGAAUGCCUACAUCCCUGGGCCACCGAGGCUUUGAAGGGAGGCAGGAGGCCAUUCCAGCAGAAUUCCCUGCAGAACUGCUCAGCUCUGCGCUUUUUAUAUCUGCAGGCAGAUUCUGAACAUAGCAGACACCAAGGCCAACUGAAUACUCAAUAAGCAAAAAGCUCAGCUCUACAAUCCAGGACUGUAGAGCAGUUGGUUAGAGCAUAGUGCUGAUGAUUCCAGGGUGGCAGGUUUGAUACCCGUAUGGAACAGCUGUGUGUUCCUUCAUUGCAGGGGGUGGACCAGAUGAUCCCCAGGGUCCCUUCCAACUCUACAAUUCUAUGAUUCUAAACAAAAUGUUUCAGUGUAAAGUCUGUUUGCUUUGCUCCCCUAUCCUCCCACCCUCCCACCAGCCAUCACUUAACUUUUCUUUUUGAUGUGCUUGUCCUAGUGGUCCAUGGUCCAGAGUGAGGCUUGUUGGUCCCAUUGACUGCAUUAGAUACUUUAGGGGAGGCAAUGAGGGGUUUUUUUCCUUGACGAAGGGCAGCCCACUGUAAGGAUUUCUGCUCUCGAAUGAGCGUGGGUUGUGUCCCUUGGCAGCUUGUCCAUUUUAUUGCUCUUCUUUUUUUCUUUACAGCCAUUGGGGACCCGGGGGAGGGGAUGAGUUGCACAAUAAGUGCACAGGCAUUACUUGUUUUUAGCAUUUAUUUUAUAUUUCAUUCUAAGAUUUGCAUCCCUCAUAAUAACACACAAAAAGGAAACUAAAGAAAAGAACAGGCCAUUGUUGAGAGGAUGCAGACCUCUCUCCUCAAAGUAGAGCAUGUUUGCUAGAUUGCUGCUGCCAUCCCUUCCCUCUCUCACCUGCACGUUCUUUGCUUAGUUCCAUCUCUCUCUCUCUCUCUCUCUCUCUCUCUCACACACACACACACACACACACACACACACACACCUCUCUUCCAGAGUCCACCAUCCUCUCACACAAACAUCUACAGUUAUAAAGGAAGUAUAAUCUUGGUUUAUAGAAAGGAACACACACUUUUUAUCGGAUCCUUCCUUAUAAGGUGUUUCACUUCUGACUUUUCUGAAUUUUAUUAAAGUCCAGGGCUUCUUUGGAAUGGGAACACUAACCUUAACUCUGCAUACUUGCGAGUGUAAACCUUGCUCUGCAAAUCUCAUGGCAAUUAUUUUGUUUGGUUUUUAGCUGAGGAGGCUGGUGGGCGACUUCUCCAUCAUCCUGGCUAUCCUCAUAUUCUGUGGAAUCGAUGCUGCCCUUGGACUGGAGACCCCGAAGCUCAUUGUGCCCAACAAAUUCAAGGUGGGCCUGGCUUGGAGCAUGCCAAAGAGUUGCUCUCUUAGGGUGCAGAAUAAGUGCAAAUGUUGCGUCUGGGGCCAUAUGUUUCUGUGGAAUUUUAAAGGUGUGAGAGGAUUACAUAAGAAAGAAGUUUAAGUAAAGAAUUUAUCUGCAUGUAGCACUUUUGAUCACAUUUUCCAAGAUGGCAGAAUGGUAAGGCAGUUCUGCAAAACAAAUUCCUUAGGGAGCAUUAAUGUUUAACUACUUGAAAUGUUUUGGAUCUUUCGUAUGCCAUCCCUAUCUCAGAGUUGAGCAAUUCCAGGGGUACAGCAGUUGCCCAGAGUUCUGUUUCCUUAGAAUGAAGGUCAGCAGAGACUGUGAUGUCUUUGGGGUGUAUGGUAUUAUUUACACAUAUAUACAACCUGAGAAUAAGAUGGAGGAGCUCACAGCAUCAACACCCUUGAAGGUCUUGCUUCUUCAUCUGCCACAGCUUUGGCUCCAGCACAGAGCAAGCCUGUGUCGGGUUCCAGCUUCCAGCCUCCUCUGACCCAGCUCACUGGCUUUUGUUCUCCUCCCUACCAGUUAGGUGAGGGAGGGGGGAAAGGACCACCCAUUUGUUCUAUGGCACAAAGUAACACUAGUUGUGGUGCUUAACUAGCUAGCCAAAGUCACUGCCUUAAUAAAGUUUGCUCUGAUACAUUCUACCCCCACAGAUAUAGGACCCCAAGUUGUGGGAAGGGACUCAAGGCAUCAUCCAGACUGAUGUCCCUGCCACCCAGCCCCCACAAACCUGAAGGUUGGGUGAUAACGCCAGAUGGGGACUGUAGUUUCAUACAGCCUAUUCAAAAUAAGAAUGUCUUGCAAUAGCUCUGUUUGGCAUCUGUAGUCCAUCUUUGGUCCCUGAGCUCAGCAGAGGUUAUUUGGGCAUCAUCUGUGCCUUCUUGACAGCAGGGGAUACAACAAAAGAUCCGGCAGUGCAGUGCAGUUUCUGGGUCUCUUGUAGCACCAGUACUAUUCUUAAAAGGAAGUGGGAAGGGCCACUUCACUGUGUGGGUGUGAAUGUCUCAUGCUGCGCAAUGGGCAUACUUUUAAUUAGUGUGUAUUAACAUGAAUUAAGUAACACAUUGUUGACUGGCUCAGUACAGAAGGCAAAAAUGGCAGGAGUCAGAGAAGAACCAGUUUUCUGCACCUGGACAGGAUGAAAGUAAUGCAACAUAUUGCUAACAUUGGUUAGGAGUUUGUUGUGGAAAAUUUGCCCAUUUAUACCUCUUGGUUCCUUAGGGAUUGACUGACUGACCCACCCUCUGUCCCUCUUGGAAGUGCGCCAAGAGGAGCAAUAACACACAGCAAUUUUGUAAUUCUUAUAAGCAGCCUGUGAAGAAGGUCAGCAGUCCUAGCUCCAUGCCACAGAUGGAGAACUGAGGCUGAGAGACACGGCUUGCAUAAAGUCACCUAGUGACUUAACAGCAAGGUUUGAACCAGGAACUUCCUGGCUCUCAAGUUACACCCUCAACCACCAAACUAUAGUGUCUGUUGGGUAUAAAAGGGCACACCUCCUGUGUCUAGGCAGAACCUGGAGAAAUUACACGUACCUCAAAAAUUCUCCAGUGCGGCAGAAGGAGAGGUAGCAGCUGUCCCUGCAUAGCACACUUGCAGUGCUGCUCAUUACAGCCACACAGGGAAGGGGGAAAUUACGGGACUGGGGAAGAACACUGAGAGAAGCCAUGGGACGCCCCUGGGCUUCUGUAAGCCACCUGAAACACAGAAGUGGAGCAGUGGAAGCUUUUCCUGGCAUGGAAAUAGAAUGGGCGUGAUGGUGAAUGCAAUACCUUCUAGACUCUGCUUUGUGUCCAGCUGCAGAGCACUGAAAUGAAGGAGGUGGCCUACGGCUAAAGAGGCUCACGAUUAUGACUCAUGGCUUCUUGAGGCAGCUGCCCCCAAAAGGGAAGGAUUGCUGUGAUGGGAAGGAAGGCCUCUUUCUGACUAGGGUUGGCCCAAUACAUUUUGGCACCUGAGGCAAGCCACGAAAUGCUGCCUCCCCCCGCCCCCAAGCAGGAAAGAAGGGGUGAGUGAAAUCAGGAAUAAGGGGAAGGGGAUAAAGAUCUACAGUCGUACCUUGGAAGUUGAACGGAAUUCGUUCUGGAAGUCCAUUCAACUUCCAAAACGUUCUUAAACCAAAGCACUGCUUCUGAUUGGCUGCAGGAAGCUCCUGCAGCCAGUCAGUAGCUGCAGAAACCCCGUCAGACGUUCAGCUUCCAAAAAUUGUUUGCAAACCGGAACAGUCACUUCCGGGUUCUUGAUGUUCGGGAGCCAAAACGUUUGAGAACUAAGCUGUUUGAAAACCAAGGCAUGACUGUAUUUUGGGAACAGUGGGGAUGGGGAGGAAACUAGCAGCACCUCAUAUUCACCAAGCAGCCGUCCGCCAGAUCUGCGGCCCCUGUGGAUCGUGCUGCCUGAGGGGGUUGCCUGGCCCUGCCUCUGACAGAACUCACCGUGUACAGGGUGAGUUCAGACAAGCGCUGCACAUUGUGGGCAGUUACACUGAUACAUAAAUCAACAAUCCAAACUGAAGAAGUGCAGGAUAUCCCCACCGAUAAGCCCAUAAAUCUCCUGUAUUCGGACUACAAAUAACAGCCAUACUGAUUGGCAAACUGAGCAUGGAUUCAAAUUGAUUGUCUUGCCUCUCCGUGUGGCAUGUUGGUUUAUUAAAUAAAAUACACACUGAUUGCACACUGAUGCAAUCGACUUUCAGGUACUGUAGUUUAGAAGUGCUCUAGGGAGGAAAAGACAGCGUUGCAACGUCUUGCACACAUCUCAGCCAAUCAGAGCUGUGCACAGCCAGCCACCUUUUAGGUUGCAAAUUUUGCAGGGCAGGACCUGCUGUCUUGUUUGGUACUCUACAAAUAUUUCCUGCACACGGAUCAAUUAUUCAUUUAUUGCUUCCAACAAAUAUAUAUGGCAUAGCUUUAUAGCCGAGUCUAUGUUUACUCCGAAAUAAACUCCAAUGAUUUAAGUAGGACUUACUCCCAAGUAAGUGUAAAUGGAAUUGCUGUCUUAGACUCUUUAGCACAAAUGCGGGGCAAUGACCCGAUGUUUGAAAGAUUGCUGACUCCAUCCCCACUCCCCAGGGACCCCUGGGAGGGAGAUGUGCAUGUCUCAGGCUUCCGUUGCCUGGAUUCUUUGGGGGAACCCAGGACAGUUAGACGGGUAUAAAACUAAGGUGUUUGAGGCCUGCACAGACUACAGGCAUUGUAACUGAGCCAAAGCCAAGCAACCCUGCCAUGGUUGUUCCCUGGCGGCACUGUGAGCAGGGAAGCAGGAGUCGGCUGGUGGAUCAGGGCCAAGCUUGAGCUGCCCUGCUGCAGGCCUGGGUGUGGAAGGAUUAACUAAGGAUUAACUGAGGCUUCGUGGGGAGCAGCGCUGCCUGCCUCCCAAAGGAGGGGCGUAGGAGGCAGCUCCUGGUCUCUCCUCCUAACAGGCAGCCAAGAGGCAGCUUGUGCAAUGUGGGUGAAACGUCAGGGCCAAGAUCGGGGCCCCAUAUACUAUUAUUAUCCUUAUCACUAUUAAUCCAUUUAUACUGAGCCCUUUUCCCUGGCAAGAACUCAAGGUGCCUUACAGAUAAAAUAGGAGCAGCUAAAACUCAAACAUUUAUAGAAUUAAAACUACACAUAAAUAUAAAAUAUAAUUAUCUGUAUGUCUUUUAUUUACAGUAAAAAAACCAGCGCAGCACCAGCCCUUUAAUUAAAACCAGUCAGUAUAAUAGGAGGAAGCACAGCAAGGAGGGAGCCAGUCUGGCUUCUCCAGGGAGGGAUUUCAGAGUCGGAGAAGCCACCACCAAGGAGGCUGGCUUUGCAGGUGCUUCUGCACUUGGAGUAACCGGCGCCUGACAUUUCGCUGCCAGUCUUACGUUAAAUGAAUUGGGAUUCAAGUGGGAUCCCUUGGCAGGGACAAGAAGACAAUGAGCCCGUGUCAGAUGCAGAAGCAGAGCUUCAGAUAAGUCUUCUGCCUCAACCAGCACUUGAGGCUGGGACAAAUGGCCUUGGUCCUGGCGGCCACCCUUAAGCCAGCUGCAUCUUCUAGACUACCGGUUUCCGUACUUUUGGGUCCACUUGCCCCUUUGUUCCAUAAGCUUAUCCCCAUAAGCUCCACCUUAUAGAAAGCAUUAUUCGAAAUACAGUAGUUGUUUACACAACCCCCUAUGGAAGAUAAUAACAAUAAAACUCAAACAGUAACAGUUAAUUGACAUUUCUUGAAAAUCCAGUUAAAACUAUUUAGUUUAAUUAAGGCUGGAUCUAGGCACAUCAAAGAAGCGUUUCAGUUAAACGCCUUGUAAACUUUGUGUGAGAAAUCAGGUUGGCAAAAAUGGAGCUCCACAGCUCCAUCUGGUGUCACAGUGUUAUAAUGCAUAUCCAGCACAUAUUUUUCUUUGCCAAUGGAGCUGAGUCCUAAUUCAACAAAAUGGAAGAACUUGAUCCAGCAAAUCCAGAUGUAGUUAUUUACAUCUCCAGCACCCCCUUGCCUCUUAGCACCCACUUAGGUAAUUCCACCGCCCCACAAAGGGCAAGACCACACACUUUGGGAAACACUGCUCUAGACUCCAGUCUAGAGCAAGGCCCAAUGUUUUAUUUAAUUCUUAUUUAGGAUAUAUGGAAGAUAAAAAGGGAGGAGGAGGAGGUCAAAGAAAGAAGGCAAUGACAGUUGAGGAUUUGAGAAUAAUGGAUUUGUUUUUAAAAGUUUGUGGUGUAUUUUUGUUGUUGUUUUUUUUGAAUUUGUAUUGUUGGAUGUGGUUUGUGUUUUUCUUUGUUCUUUCUUUGUUCUUUUUCUACUUUGUUUUCUUCUGUAACUCUAAAAAAAAAUUCCAAUAAAUAUCAUUAAAAAAAAGAAGAAUAUAUGGAAGAUGAAUGCAUUUAUCAAAUGGUGGUGGUGGUUUUUCUUUUUAAAAAGUCAUCACAGGACCUGUAAAACACUAUCAAGAUGUAAUGAAAACAAGCCCUCUGUAAUUUAAUCAGCUGGAAAGCCACCCUCUGUGAGUAGCCUUGCAGCCCUGCCUGUGUGGUCAGAGAGCUUCCUUGCCUGAGGAGGCAGCUCAACAAAUCUGUGGCUGAAAUUCUUGCCGCCUGCCCUUGAUCAAGCCUGGGCCCUACUAACUUUUCCCAACCAACCUUUUCUCUACAGCCUACAAACCCUGAGAGAGGCUGGGUUGUGUUUCCGUUUGGAGCAAACUCCUGGUGGAUAUGCUUGGCAUCGUCAGUGCCUGCCAUUCUGGUCAUUAUCCUCAUCUUCAUGGACCAGCAAAUAACAGCUGUCAUUCUCAACCGCAAGGAGUAUAAGCUUCAGGUCAGUGCUGGGCUGGGUUCUCUCAGGCAUGUGCUGUGAUAGAUUUUCCCAAAGAAUCAAACAGCCAUUGAACAUCUGCUUCAAAGCAAAUCUGUCCCUGUGACUCACCUCAGAGGUUGCAAUGCGCCAGUUCUAGCUGCUGCAGACAGCCGUGGCCAGGCUUCCCAUCAUUCUGGCCUGACGUCAGUUAAAAAAAUCAGAAGAAACGGAGGAGACAGAUUGAGAUUUCUGUCGGCUGCCCAUCUCCUAGUUCUGAGUGCUGGAUGCACUGAGUGCUGGAUAUUUCCCUCAUCCUACACCUAUCAGUCACCCCACAGUCACAAGGUAGCCUGUCACAACUAACAAUUUUGUAGUUUUCAUGCUUUUUGGUGCAUGGAAAUUGCUUAACUCUUCUUUUUAAAGCAAAGGUUUGCUCCUGUAUUUUCCUUGUGAAAACGUCUGCUAAAUUAUAUGAACCAUUGGAAGUGGAGCACGUGCAAAGUUUUUUCCCCUCCUCACCAUUUUAAAGGGUUCUUUCUUCCCCAUUCCAGUUAUUAUUUCUCUUGAUAACCUCCUACCUCUUUUAUUGUAUACUUUUAUUGAUGCUUCAUAAUACAAAUUGGUAUUAUGAAGUAUCACUCGUGACUGUCUGGGGCCAUGCUGUGUGCUUGACUCUUCCCUCCAGGAACUGUUUAUUACCACUGUAGAGCUCUUUUAGAUCUUGGCAUCAGAGGCUUUAACAUGUUCGUCUCUCUGCUGAAUUUUAUUUAUUUUAUUAGUAAUUAGAAUAUUCAGGCUUUGUAAUGUUGGAAUUUGGUUUGUCUUAUCUGGCUUAACUAUACAGUACCUGAAAACAUACUACCGUCUUUCAUUACCCAUGCUAUUAUUCCACCUUUAGUCCACCUUAUAUUUUAUGUAUGUACAUUCGUACUUCUGUGCCUGUAUGAUAACUCAAAUUUGCUAGUGAUUUAUGUAGAUUUCCUCUUUUGCGUGCUUUAUUCUGAAGCUAGUAUUUCAUGCUUUUGGAGAAGGCAAUACCUUCAGGUCUUUAAAAAUAUCAAUUUAUCCUUUAAAGCCACAAAGCUUUAAAAUGUUCUUCUAAAAAAAUCAGAAUUCUGAAUUCUGUGCUGGACCCCAGAUUGUGCUGAGAAUCUUGCUUAUGCGAAGUUACACACAAAACUGAGAGGCCCUUCAGUUAUUGGGAAGAGCCUGGCCAUUGUCUUUCAAAACCUGAAGUUAGGCAAAUGGUCAGGUGCAAAGCCCAGGCGCAAGUUCGCGGGCCUGUUGUAUCUCCCUUAGAAAUGCUACCCACCCACGCCUGAAGCAGCUGAUCUAACAUCCUUGGGAGUGGGGGCAGAGUUCCUUCCACACCAGCAUCUGUUAAUAAAGAGACACAAGUUGUGUACACACUCCCAUUUAUUCUGUAUCCAGUGCGUUCCCACCAUUGGUUUGGGAAGCUGUGUAAUAAUAAUAAUAAUAAUAAUAAUAAUAAUAAUAAUAAUUUAUUUAUACCCCGCCCUCCCCAGCCAAGACCGGGCUCAGGGCGGCUAACACCAGGUAUAAAAACAAUUGAUUAAAAUACAACUUAAAAACAAGAUUAAAAUACAACAUUAAAAUGCAGGCUCAUUUCAGUAGAAACUCAAAUCAAAAACUUUUUGGGGAUGAAAACAUCAAAUCUUCACCAAGGCCAACUAUCCAGACUGGUCCUACGUGGGUCAGAAAAAGCCAGGGAAGUCCCCAAAUAGGAGUUCCAUCACAGAAGUAGAAAGGAAAAAGGAAACUGGGGAAGGGGAUCAAGUUGAUACCAAGCCAAAGGCUAGGCGGAACAACUCUGUCUUACAGGCCCUGUGGAAAGAAAUCAGAUCCUGCAGGGCCCUGGUCUCAUGAGACAGAGCGUUCCACCAGGCCGGGGCCAGUGCUGAAAAGGUCCUGGCUCUGGUUGAGGCUAAUCUGACUUCCUUAGGGCCCCGGACCUCUGGGGUGUUGCUAUAUAUGCACCUUAAGGUCCUCUGUGGGGCAGACCAGGAGAGGCGGUCCUGUAGGUACGAGGGUCCUAGGCCGUGAAGGGCUUUAAAGGUCAAAACCAGCACUACACAUUACGUCAGCCACAAUCCAUACCAAUCCUGUAUCUGUCCAAUAUAUUGUUUAAUGAAAUACGGCAUUCUGGUGUGUCCCCCCUCCAACCAGAUUUGAUCUGCAUUGCAAAAAAGAACAGUCUAGCUGUGUUUCCAGGUGUGCACCACCAGUCUCACCCUUCUGUGGAGUAGAGAGCUUAGCAGCCACUCUUCCCACAGCAUUCCCUGCUGGGUUAAUGGGCUGCAGCUCUAUCCAUACUCCUCUGAGUGAGCAGAAACUGGUUCCUCUGGUUGGGUUGUCUGAGGGAGUGCCUGGCAUUUCUCUGCCGUGUGGCCUCUCGCCCUUGCUGGCGUUUAGCCGGCUCAGACUUCGGCUGUGCGUGCGCCUGUGUUUUGCUUUGUUUACUGCCAGUUUCUUGACGUGGCAGAAGCUCUUCCAGAGGGAGCCAAGGGUUAGGGUUCAAUGAAUCAGCACACAUGGUAUCCCAAGCCACAUGGGGCCUGAGCCAGACCCUGCACCCAUCAUGGCUAGACCAAAUGGACAGAUAGGAUUAGCCUGGAAGGCCAACGAAACACUUCUCGUUCAGCUUAAUUCUCUUUUCUUGGAGAAACAGCCAGCUAGAAACAUCCAUGGAGACGUAGGAAAUGCUUUCCUAAACCUCACAUUCUGUGCUCAGUGAGACAGUAGGUUUGUUUGCUUAAAACAAGCCAUCGAGGGAGAGGGAUUAUGUUCAAGGGAAAGUUGCUCAAGGAUAGUGCUUUAGACCAAGGUUGUAGUAGAUGCCCAGCAGCUGGGGUUUGCAUGAGAUGUGACAGAACUUGCACCCCAAAGGGAAGAUGGAUGGCUGAGCCGGCUGCUGGUUGUCUGGCCCUUAAGUCCUUUGCAUUGGCAGAUACAGCAAAGAUUCCAAAACGUAUGUGUGUCCAACAUACAUUUUUACUGCAAGAGACAGAAAGCAGUCUUUGGCUCUUGCCAUUCACUCUGUUCUCAUGGUCAGGAUUUGUUUGUUUAUUGGUUUAUUUUAUUUGUCAAAUUUAGCUGAGAUUCCUGCAUUGCAGGGGGGUGGACUAGAUGACCCUUGGCUCCCUUCCUUUUUUUUUUUUAAAUGAUAUUUAUUAAGGUUUCAAAAAAGGUUACAAAAAUAGAGAAAAGGGAAGAAAAGAAAAGAAAAAAUACAGAAUACAGAAAAGUAAAAACACUUCUUUCAUUUACUUGUUUCCCUGACCUCCUCACACCUCCCUUUUUUGUAUUCCAGUUCAGUUAGCUAAUUCAGCAAAUCCUUUCCCUCUUUGUUUUUACCCUAAUCCUUUAACUUAAUAUAUUGUAACUUUAAAUUCUCACCUGUUAACAAUCCAUUUUUACAUACUCCUUUAUAACAUUGCUGCUAAAACCACUUAGCUUCAUUCUGACAUCAUUCUAACAUUCAUUAAUUUUACAAUAUUUCUGUAAAUAGUCUUUAAACUUCUUCCAAUCUUCUUCCACCAACUCUUCUCCCUGGUCUCGGAUUCUGCCAGUCAUUUCCGCCAGUUCCAUAUAGUCGACCCUUGGCUCCCUUCCAACUCUACGAUUCUGUGACCCAUCAUUCUAACAGCUGGUUGUUCAAGAUGGUCAAGAGAAGAGGCUGUAAUUCAGUGGUAGAAAAUAAGCCUUGAAUGCAGAAGAUCCCGGGACCUCAAUCCCUGACAGCUCCAGAUAAGAUUGGAAUAGACCCCAGCCUAAAACCCUGGAGUGUCGGUGUAGACACUACUGAACAAGAUGAAUCAAUGUUCUGAUUUCAUGUAUGGCAGCUCCCUGUGUUGCCCUCCUAUGGUAAAAUAUAAAAGGGCAUCCUGGCUUGUGUUAUGUAAUCCUAUACCUGUGGCUAUAGGGCGGUAAAGGUAAAGGGACCCCUGACCAUUAGGACCAGUCGUGACCGACUCUGGAGUUGCGGUGCUCAUCUCGCUUUAUUGGCCGAGGGAGCCGGCGUACAGCUUCCGGGUCAUGUGGCCAGCAUGACUAAGCCGCUUCUGGCGAACCAGAGCAGAGCACAGAAACUCUGUUUACCUUCCCGCCAGAGCAGUACCUAUUUAUCUACUUGCACUUUGACGUGCUUUCGAACUGCUAGGUUGGCAGGAGCAGGGACCGAGCAACGGGAGCUCACCCCGCUGCGGGGAUUCGAACCGCCGACCUUCUGAUCGGCAAGUCCUAGGCUCUGUGGUUUAACCCACAGCACCACCCGCGUCCCAUAGGGUGGCACAUAAAGGUAAUAAAGAAUAACAAUAAUAGCACUCCAAGGUUGGCUUGAGGUUGUUAGGGAACAGCUGCAAUUUCCUUCCAUGGUCACCUAGACAUUCCACAAAGUAAAGUGCCUCUAACUUGUGAAACCUAGCGUAGGGAAAGAUGAUGUCCAGAAAGAGACAGGAUGAUUCUGCUAGGUUUCCUUCCCUCCCCCCACACCCACCCAAAGUCUAAAACGUUUCUCUGGCUACUAUGCAACUUCCAAAGGUACAAGAGUCCAGUUGGGCACAGAAGACUGGAAAUCAUAUUAAUUUGUCCUGCUUCUCGAACCCCCUCAGUCUCUGAUGCUGCUUAAUAAAAGCUUUCACCUUGUUAUAGUUAACGGGGCUGUUGGAUAGGAAUUGCACCACCAUCACAUGCAUGUGCUUGUUCACCACAGCAUCUUCAAUGUCUUUGGUGAGGUUAAGUGGGCAGGCUACUAACUAGCAACGGCAGGAUCUCUUGGUUCAUUUCAGUUCUCUUGGUUCAUAAUUUUUCCAGUUGUAAAUUCAGUUCUCCAUGUGUUGAAUUAAAAAAAAAAUCCUCACUGAUUUUUCUUUAAAAACACAUAUAUUUAUGUAGUUUUGACUAAUUGUUCAUUUUUUGCAAGCAAUUUCUCCUUAAUAUAAUGCAGUUUUGUAUGUUACUUCCACUAAUAUCUUCAUUUUUAUGCACACUUUUGCCUAGUCUAUGCGUUUUUGUAAAAUAUAUUUUGGUUGGGGGGAAAAUAUUGCAAAAUUCAGAUUUGUGAAUUUGGAAGGAUAGCUGUGUUUCAGUUUGCAUAUUGUUUCAGAGAGUGUGAAUUUGUUAGAUUAGGAUAGAAGUACAAACUGAAUUGAUUUGCUCCUCAUCCUGACUCCUCCAACAGCUUAUGAUCCCUCCUGGUAUGCUGAAUCAUGCAAGUAGCUGUCAUGGAGUAAAUGGAUAACAAACAAAGCCCCCUUUGUGCUAUAAAAGGUUUUCUAGACGGCUGACAAUACACUCAAAGCAUACCUCAUGUUGUUCUUAAUAGCUUUGGGUGUAUAGGAGCCCUAUCCUGAUAAGGUGCUGAGGCAUGAGUGGUAGAGGACAGUUGUCAUGAACUGGACACUUUCAGACAAGGACAUAGGAUUCCCAGAAUCCACAAGGCCACUUAGGGAGUGUGUUGGCCUCCAACGCUGUUUUGGCCCUCUCUGCUUCUCUGACUCCCAAGGCUGCUGCGAGGCAUCUUAUAUUGCUUAUCAUGGGGGAAAUUGUAUUUGCUGCAAGAAAUCAAAAGACACCUAAAAUGGGAAAUAAGAAGCAAGGCUUUACUGUGUAUUCUUCAGCCUGAGUCUCCCGUUACUAACAUGGCUGUCCUGUUGCAGAAAGGGGCAGGAUUUCACCUGGAUUUCUUCUGCGUUUCCCUGCUGAUGAUCUUUACCUCCAUACUGGGUUUGCCCUGGUAUGUGUCGGCCACAGUCAUUUCUUUGGCCCACAUGGACAGCCUUAAGAAGGAGAGCACCACUUGCGCUCCAGGGGAGCAGCCGAAGUUCCUUGGAAUCAGGUGUGGUGCAUUAUGCGUUCUUAUUCCACAGCUGUCGCUUGAGGCUCAGGAGGCCUUGGUGGCGCAGAGUGCUUUUAAUAAUAAUAAUAAUAAUAAUAAUAAUAAUAUUUAUACCCCGCCCUCCCCGCCAGAGCCGGGCUAACACCAAAUCACAGUAAAAACAAUAGGGGGGAAAGGGGGGGGGGAGGAAAAAAAUUUAAAAUACAGGUUAAAAUGCAAUUUAAAAUGCAGCCUCAUUUUAAAGUAGCUGAUAAAUCAAGACCAUAAGGGGAGGGAAACAUAAGGGUCAGACCGAGUCCAAACCAAAGGCCAGGCGGAACAGCUCUGUCUUACAGGGCUUGCGGAAAGAUGUCAAGUCCCGCAGGGCCCUAGUCUCUUGUGACAGAGAGUUCCACUACAUCGGGGCCAGGGCUGAAAAGGCCCUGGCCCUAGUUGAAAUCAAUCUAACCUCCUUGAGGCUUGGGACCUCUAAAGUGUUGUUAUUUGUGGACCUUAAGAUCCUCCGUGGGGCAUACCAGGAGAGGCGGUCCCAUAGGUACAAGGGUCCUAGGCCGUAUCAUUUUCCAUCUGCAUUGGCUGGUGGCCCAGCUGCACCCCCUUCUGGACACAGAUGGCCUAUCUUCUCUUGUCUAUGCUCUGGCGACCUCUAGGUUAGAUUACUGUAACAAGUUAUAUGUGGGGCUGCCUCUGAAGAUGGUUGAAAUAUAAAGUGCUUUUCCUUGCAGGGAGCAAAGGGUGACAGGUCUGAUGGUCUUCAUCCUAACAGGAUUGUCUGUGUUUUUGGCACCUGUACUCAAGGUAAGAAAAGCCUUUAAUUGUUUGUAAGUUGCAAGCGCCUCUCUUCUCCCUUCUCUGUUAGAUACUUGCUAAUAGUGGCUAAUGAUGGUUCCAGACAUGGUUUGAUUACAAAACAUUAAACUUGCCUGCUGUCAAGUACUCUUACAGUUGCUGCAAACACUAAAUCGGCAAGACUGCCAAAAUUGCCUGUAAUAUACAAUUAUUAGAAGUUCAGGAGUUCUGCCCUUCUUUGCAUCUAAUCAUUCUUAAGGUCUCGUGGACAGGUAAUGUUUUCUAGAAUUCAGUCUUUGCGUAGUCAUGCUUAUAUUUUGGAUUUGAUUUCCCCUCAGUUUAUCCCAAUGCCUGUGCUGUAUGGCAUCUUCCUCUACAUGGGUGUGUCUGCACUCAGCAGCAUUCAGGUGAGUGCAGAACAGCAGGGGAAGCAUUUUUGGAUUGUGGGGAAGGAGGUGCUGUGACCGAUUUCUAGCUCCCUCAGUAGGGCAGCUAUUGAAGACUGUGCAAGAUGGAAGGCGGUGUCAAUGUGAGUUGUGUCUGGCCAGAACAGGGUUCCCCAAACUUCUGGGUUCAGUGAGACCUUGAUGAGUUUAUGCAGUACAGGACACCCCCCCCCAAAAAAAAAAUCUUAGGAGUGUAAAUGAAAUAAAGUAUUUUGAUUUUUACUUGUGUUGCCGUUGCUUAUUUUGUGACUGGAGAUGGGAGAAAGAAAUGGAGGGAGGGUUUGCUCGUCCUCCUCCUCCUCCCACCUAUAAAAUAGGCUUUAAAAAUGGACUUGAGAACUUCUUAAUGCAGCAGCCUUGUGGAGCAACAAGGAGGGGUCCUGAGGAAGGGAGGGGGAGGGGGUGGUGGCAGCCUUUCCAAAAGCUCCUCCAAGUUUCCCCAAAGGCAGCUUGUUUAUAUAUCUUUGGGGGAGGGAAAGAGUCAUGUUACAAUUGUGUUUGUGUGUGUGUGCACACACAUACACAGUAGGUAUGUAUGUAUGCAUGUAUGUAUAUGAACGUCUGCACCUAUAUGCAGUGUUUUAGUGUUAAAGGAGCAUGGUCUGGGAAUACGGCAUUGUGGAAACUUGGUUUCCAUUGUAUGGUUUUUUUAAAACACAUUUUAUCAUUAAUUAGGUGAUGGUGAAGCAUAUAUGCAGUGCUUUUUUUAAAAGGGGGGGCUGUAGCCCAUCUGAAACACCGGGGGCAGGGAAUGACCAAUGGCUUGUCUGUCAUUUUAAGUGUGAACCUGGGAGGAAGCUGGGCUUGUGAUGCAACUGAGGGAUCUGCUCUGACCUUUAUUCUUGUGUUAUCUUUGUCAUCACAUUAGAACACAUAGGAAUCCCCAUAUGAGUGCCUCUAAUCCAGGGGCUGUUGGCAGAAUAGAAUAAUAUAAUUUACAAUGAUUCACAUAUAUUAUCUCAGUGAUUCUUACAACAGCCUUGUAAGGUAGGCUAGUAUCAUCCCCAUAGAUCAGAUAUAAGGGUUGACGCUAAGCUAUCAGUGGCUUGCCUAAUGAUACUACUAAAUAUGGUUGAGUUAGGAUCUGAACCAAGUGCUUCCCAGCUCAUUCUUAACCAAUACACUAUGCCUACUUUAGUAAAACUAACAUUUUCAGUGAACUGGAGUUCCCCUAAGGAGUAUUUGGUGCCUACUGGAAGGUUCUCCACAUCAUGUCUCUUGCUUUCCUCUACUGUCAGCUCACAGACAGACUCCAGCUCUUGCUCAUGCCUGCCAAACACCAGCCGGACUUCAUUUACCUCCGUCAUGUUCCUCUACGCCAAGUGCAUCUCUUCACCUUUAUCCAGGUGCUCUGCCUGGCUGUUUUGUGGAUCAUUAAAUCAACAGCAGCUGCCAUAAUCUUCCCAUUAAUGGUAAGAGUCUUUAGGGCAGGGAUGAGUUUCUUCUGGUUGCUCCACCUGUGGAUUCAGUGAGAGAAUUUGCCCAACUACUUUCUCUCCUGGCUUUUGCUAUAUAUUGAACUCCUUUAUUAUCCACUCUAGCGCAGUGUGAAUUUUACCUUCCCACUCCAGGACUUUCUAGCCCUCGAUUCCUCCUAAUGACACCUGACUAGAGAGAAAAUGCAUUUGCCCAAAAAUAUCUCUUAAAAAUUCUCCCUUACAAAUACUGGUGUCUGCUAUUUGCCGAAUAUUUACCAAAUAUUAUUUGACUGUUUUAUAACCCACGUCAGUAUUCUACUUCCACAGAUAUUUUAUAUUGGUAUUUAUAAAAGUAAUAUUUCAUUAUUGGAGCUUCAAUAGGCCUUGAUAGCUGUCGUAUGGUGGCUACAUUUGUGUUUUGCUUUUUAAUCAGAAAAAAACACUUUGCUGCCACCUCGGGCACUGUAUUGGCUGCCCUUAGUAGCCCAGUGGCAUUCACUUAACAUUUGGGGCAGAAUGUCCAUGGGAAUGAUGGCAAGCCAGGAGCAUUCUCUACCAAAUUUCAGAGAAAACAGGGCAGUCAAGUCAUUGCUUCAAAUCAUCACAAAAAUUCUUCAACAUUUUAGUGCACAUUCUCCUUAUAAACACAUUUUGCAUGGUUUUGACUUGCAUACACAUUUUUGCAGGCAAUUUCUCCUGACACAAUGCAUUUUUGGGUGCUAUUUUCAACAAUUUGUUCAUUUUUAUGCACUCCUUUCCCCUAUCUAUGUGUUUUUGUAAACAUUGUUUGGUUAGAGAAGUGCAUUGUGAAAUUCAGAGAAGUGUGACUUUUGAAGGGUGGUUGUGUGUCAGGCCUCGUUCUCACUUCCGCUUGACCGGUGCCUCAAGAGAACCAGCCCAAGAGUUUUUCCGUUUGCCCUGCUGCUUUACCUGAGAAAAACCUCUCUUUACUGCUGAAUUGGAGCAAAUGUCAACCUGCAGAAAACUUGACUGACAUUUGCCCUGAUUCAGCGGUAAGGAGGAAAGCAGCACAAGUGUAGAUGAACCCUCAGUCCAUGUAUUGAUUUGGUAAAUGCAAAUGUCAUAAAUUUGGUUUUAAAUGUUAAGUGAAUUGCAUUUCUUCACCAUCCCUAGAUGGUAGCAUUUUUUUAAGGCACAAAAGCGGGGGCGGGGGAGAGAGACCUUAGCAGCUUUAUAUUUCAGGAUAAGCCCACCUCUGCCUAAAAGUACCACGGAAAGUACCACAAACUUUUGAGCCCCAGCACCAUUCUCUGUGUUGCUACCCAACCUGUUGACCAGGAAUGACAUCUUGGCUUUAUCUUUAGUUCCUCCCUCUUCCUUUCUCCAUAUAUCCAAUCUGUUGCCAAGCCAGGCUAUUUCUCACUAUACAGCAUUGCAAAAUGUUCUCUGCCCUGUCGGCUAAACUGGUUUGUGCUCCAGUUAUCUCCUGCUUUGACUAAUGCAACCAUCUUUGACUAAUGACAUUCUGCCCUCUCACUGAGAUCCAAAACUCUACUGCCAGGGUAAUUCCUCUCUCUCAUUGCUCUGAUCAUGUGAUUCCUUCCCUCAGAUCCCUAUUUCAGCUUCUAAUCCUUUUCAUGUCUAGCACAGACUCAUUAUUCUUACUUUGUUGAAGUUUUCCAACUCUACAUUUUUGCCCUCGUUUCCUGUUAUCUCCCUGCUGUUGCCUUUUCUCCCCCAACACCUCAUGCUCAGCCACCCAAAGGUCUUCUCUCUCUUAGGUGACCCUGCCAUUCUUCCUAGAUGCCCCCCCUCAUAACUUGCAUUCCGCCUCAAGACACUUGAAUGGUGUUGCUUUUUUCUUCCAGAUUUUUCUCAAGCCCUGCCCCCGUACAUGAUGCAGCUUUUAGUAAAACCCCCUUAGCCAUCAUCCCCAAAUAAAACCUAAAUAUGCAUAACUGUGCCUUUUUCUCUUUCUUUCUUUCUUUCUUUCUUUCUUUCUUUCUUUUUCUUUCUUUCUUUUUCUUUCUUUCUUUCUUUUUCUUUCCUCACCCCCCAUUCUCUUUUUAUUGUCUCUCCAAUUGUCAACAUAGAUAUUGCAUGCUCCUUGUGGGCAGGGACCUAUCAUGUUGCUUUGAUUACUCUGCAAUGUCCCACAUGCAUUGAUAGUGCUAUGUGAGUCAUUAAUAAUCAUAAUAAAACUUUGUGUGGUGAUGUUCUGGUCUUCUAGCUGCUGGCUCUAGUGGGUAUACGGAAGGGAAUGGAGUACAUCUUCUCCUUACAUCACCUGGCUUGGCUGGAUGACAUCAUGCCAGAAAAGGACAGGAAGGAAGAAGAAGAAAAGCUGAAGAGGAAGCAAGAUCAGGACGAGAGUGACAAUGAGGAUGUAAGCAAGCAGCACUAAAAUUAUGGGGGUAGAGGAGGUUGGGGAUGGGGCUGAAGCGGCUGGAAAUUACACACACCCCCCAAUCUCAACAUGCCAAUGUGAUGGAGCAAGGAAGGAAGUAAACCAAUGUAACCAUCUUAUGUGCCGUGAGGGGCUGAUGAAACCACCGUUUGGCUGGUUCAGAACUCUUCGUGAGUACCAGUCUCUUUUUCAUUAUUAAGUCCAUUUAUAAAGAGGGUAAAUACUCCAUCAGACCACUUCAAAGAAUGGAACAAGUCAAUCAAGUAUGUUGAUGCUUCAGUUUUGAGAAGUGUCAGGCUGCCUGACUCUGUGCUUUGGUAUUGGUGGGCACAAAACUGAAGGUAUUUGUCAGUUGUCACAGAAAUACAUCUGUCAAAUCUAUGCUAUGUAGGAACUAGUCCCCCACAUCCAUUCAAAGAGAGACUCCAAUGGUCCCACCAUCUGUGUUCUUAUUGUACCCAUGGAAAGUUAUCCUAUCACAAAACUUAUCCUUUGAAAGGACAAGGUGGCAAGACUAAUUCAAAUGUGUUUGUGUGCACAGAGGCACACACGGGUGCGCCAUCUCCAGGGAGCUGCUCUUUAUUCUUCUGGAUCCUUCCUUACUCAGAUCUUAGUGUUGCCUCACUCUUCACCAGUAAUGGUAGUCUAGGGGCCAAGUGGUACCAGUGUAAUAAUCCAGUCCGUUUUGGCCAUUCAGAGGGUUGUGCCAACUUGGGAGCAAGAAAGAGUGAGCUUUAAAGUCCACCUCCCUGGCAUUAGUCAGCAAUCCACAGGAAUGUUUUGAGUUUGCAGCCGAGCUUUCCUCGCAGUUUUGCCAGCUAAGGCCACGAAGCUGAUAUUUCUGACAGGGUGCGUGGUUUUUGCAAUCAUAUUUCUCAGGAGAAGAGUUGGCAUCUCUUUCCAUGGACCUAGAUUAGAAGCUUCCUGCUGGGUAGAACGGUCUGGGGGUGGACCUUGCUCUUGAGACCCACUGAGAACCUGGGUCUCCUUCACCCAUUCUCUCUCCUGUCACUUCACCCUUUGGAAGUGGCUUUUCAGAGGCAGGGAAAACCAAAAACAUGUUUGUGUGCUACCCUUGUCUGUCACUUUAUUAACUCCUUGGCCUUUGUUCCUUUUUAGUCUGAACUUAUGUACCAAGAAAAAGGACCAGAAAUCAACAUCUCUGUGAACUGAACAGACUGAGACUCACCAGCGGACAAGGCAAAAGAUGACCAUGUGUGAUAUGUAAGAAUGGGCCUCCUUUAGGAGUUAGGGCCCACAGGAAAUAUUUGCCAAAUCACAGAAUAAAUGCUAAGAGGGAAAGCUUAAGGGAUAAUAAUAAUAAUAGGAUGUCCCAAUUUUCAUUGGAGAAAUGUUGAAGGGUAUGAGAAAUACAUGUACACAUGCCCAGAACAGAAAAGGCUGUGGAGGGCAAAGGGAGGAGGGAUGAAAAAAACAAUUCCAAAUACAUUCCAUCAGUCUCUGCCCAGCACUAUAGAUGUAAGUGGCAGGAUAGCAAUAAAUAUCCAUGACUAUAAAAGAGGAAAUGCAUGGAAGCUAACACACCAAACAUCCAGACAGAGAGAACUUGGGUCUGAACUUGUGUUCAGGAAGUCUCUGCUUUCUUCUUCUUUUUAAUGGCAGCACUUCUUCACGUACAUUGAGAUAAGGGCUAAUUCUGCUCUCUGUCCAGGUAAACCCAAUGUUUAGAGAGGAGGAAUGUUCCUCAAAUAUGUUUUUAAUUGUAGCCCCCUUUUCCUUUGUCCUAGAGCAGGGGUGUCCAAACUUUUUUCAAAGAAGGGCAGAUUUGAUGAACAUGCGUGAAGUGAACAUGCAUGAGGGCCAACCAAAGGGCCGAUCAAAGUUGUUGUUGACCUUUUUUUAGGAUUGCAGUUGUUGAGCUUUUUUUUUAGGAUUUUACCCUAGGAGAUAAACUUCCACAGGGGCCAAAUUAAACUGACUGACGGGCCAAAUUAGGGCCCCAAAACAGACUUUGGACAUGCCUGUCCUAGAGAAUGAAAUGUGACCUUUUGAGAAGCAAGGCCCUUCCUUCAUUUGGAGUGGGCUGCAGAACAAUAGCCAUAAUUGUGUGAGAGACAAAGACUGUCACAAUGCUCUUCUCAUUUGCAGACAACCCCAUAAGCGGUUUCCUGUAAGCAGUCUCAGAGGAAGGAGACAGCCUGCACUUAGAAGACCAUCUCUGAUACUCUGCAGAAUAUGGCUGAUGUGUGAUGGGUCUCACAGGAAGAGGAAAGCAAAGCAUUUGAUAUAAUUAAAGUAUAAGGCGGGGGGGGGAUGCAUAGGCAAUCUUUCUGUCCAUCGCUCUCACAUGCAUGUUGCUGUGCUGAACAGACCAUAUUGGAAUGUUCCUUGUUCCACUUUGCUACCAUGUCAUCUAGAAAGUCAGCAUGUGUGAAUUCACUAGGGAUGGAAGGAUCUCUCAGUUUCUCAUUUUUCUAAGCUUAAAUUUGCAUUUUAAAAAUCCUCAGGAAAAUUCACCAGAAUUUUACAGCAGUGUGAAUUUCUUUUCAAACACAUUUUUAUGCAGUUUUGACUAGUGUACACAUUUUUGCAAGCAGUCCCUGCUGAUAUAAUGCAUUUUAUAUGUUAUUUUCACUAAUACGUACAUUUUUAUACACAAUUUCUCCUAUUGUAUACCUUUUGAUAAACACAGUUUGUAAAAUUUGGAUAAGUGUGAAUUCCAUAGGAUAGCUGUUUCAGUUCAUGUAUUGUUUCAAGAAGUGUGAAAUCGUUAUAUUUGCCUUUAAAUAUGAACUGGAUUGCAUCCUUCCCCCAAUCCCCAGGCAUCACUGAUGUAUUUAUUUAUGAAACUAUUGACAUUCCUGUGCAACUUACACUUCAUUUUAAAGGCUCUCUAGUUAUGCUAAAUAAAAUAUACUAAAAAGGUC